AUGUUUAUAACGUAUACGCAUGUGGACCAACUGAAAUCCCGCGCCAAAAAAUGGCAGGUGAAUUCCUACCAGAACCUCCGGCGCAAGGAACUCAAGGCAUCCCUGCCAGCGACAGACAAGACUGCGCGAUCCAAGAGGCCUAAAGUACUGGCCUGGAACCAAGUCCCAAGGGCAUCUGCUAAGCUGCGCUGGGUUCAAAGUACGGGAGGAGCCACGCGAAACAGUUCAGACGACGCUGUCGAGGGCAAUGCCGUUGUUGUAGCAGUCCCCGUUGAGCCUCCUGUACAAACAGCUCUGGAGAGUCUUCGUGGUGAUCCUUUCAAUUCAUAUCCCAUGCAACCCUGCGGCCGAGUGCAGUGGACUGUCGACUACUUCACUCAAAUAUACGCGCCGAUGAACGCGGUAAACUAUCGAGACAGUCAAGGGGGCAACUGGCUCUUGUCGUACCUCUUCCGGGUCGCCCUGCAGGCCGAUCUGCUUUUUGAAUCCACCGUCCUUUUCAUCUGGAGUCAGCUACCGGCGAGUCGGCUGAGGUCUUCUCCGGAAGAGCACGAGAGAAUCUUGAUGAGUGUUAGAGGAAGCGUCAUGCGCAAGCUCCAUCACCGUCUCACUGUGCCGCAGCUAUGUUCCGACGAUGUGACCAUCCAUACCGUCUUAGCAUUGAUGGCAGGAGACUUUCACCGUGGACAUGAUGAUCAUGUCGAGCUACACCGAGAGGGAUUGCGGCGCAUGGUGGAUCUCCGGGGCGGAUUGUCAAACAGUGACCUUCAGCCUCAGACCAGAUAUUCUGUCACCGCAACCGAGAUGAUGUGCGACUAUGCCAUCCGGAGGCGCCAUCGCUCCCCCAAGACCAACAUCACACCCGACAGCACGCUGACGUAUCCCACUCAUCCAUUCCCCCCCGCCCUGUCGAAGCUCCUGUCACCUCUGCCCGAAGGCUUCAGCGACAUGGCCCUGAAAACACUGCUGUCGAACCAAGUCAUCCGCCUUCUUUACCGGAUGACCAAGACGGUCGAGAAAGGCCCCGCAGAGUUCCCCGAGGACACGUCCAUCGCGGUGGAGAUGAUGCGCUUGUCCAUGGAGUCGAACGCCAGCAAACUCGAGAAGGCCAUCGUGACGCUCAGUUUCGUGUUCGGGAGGUUCCUCCUGGACGUGGCUACCGCGAAAGACCACCGUGUCAACCACUCGACGCGCACAUAUCAGUCCAUGCAGGAACAGCUGCACAGCCUCUGCCAAUCGAUAUUCGGACAUGUCGACAGGGCCGGCCCGGACUUUGUGGCUUGGGCGGUCUUCCUCCUCGCGUCUGCCAGGGCCGAUUACGCCGUGCCAGCGUCCGUGCAAGACGAGAUCCUCCGACAACUCCCUCUCACGAUCCCUGCCGUGAGGCGGUUCGACACGUUUCUGGGCAUGGUGAAGAAGUUUUUGUGGCACGAGAAGCUCGUGCCAUGUCUGGAGGGGCUGUGGACAAGGAUGAUGGGCCUGGAAACUUUAAGUUGA